AUGUCUUCUUUUGUAGCACUCGACCAGUUCUGCACUACCACACUCACCGCCAUUCCCCCUGAGGAAAAGCCCACUUACAACAGCCUCAAAAUCAUCCACCAAGAGCUCAAUGCCAAUGCCAUGGCCAUCAACUCCACCCUAGGAGGAGGCCACUAUGGUCACUUGGCCCUAGUCAUCCCUGAAGCCACCUACGAUGCUCUACCACAUACCGUACCCUGGCAGAAUCCAGCCCAUCCAGGAGCCGCUCCCAACCCAGGAGUGGCACCAACCGGCCCACAGAUUACGGAAGCCAACCGUGUGUAUGCAGCAGCAGAAACAAAAUUCCACAUCUACAAAGCUACUGAGGUUGCACUCAAAAAGCAGCUCCUCGAGGCCGUCCCAGACACUUUCACCAAGACAUUGAAACAUGAGAUGUACGGUUAUGCACAAACUACAGUGCUAGCCGUACUCACGCAUUUAGACACCACCUAUGGAUCCGUCGACGCAGAAGAUCUCAAUGCAAACAUGCUCCGAAUGGAAGCAAACUGGAGCCCCAGCCAACCAAUCAAAGAUCUUUACAAUCAGAUCAAGGAUGCCCAGAAAUUUGCGGCUGAUCACGACCCCAUCACGGACAAACUAGCUGUUAGAUCAGCAAUCAAGAAUCUAGAGAAGAGCGGUGUCUUCACUGACGCCCUCAAAGAUUGGAGGAAAAUGACAACAGCCGAACAAGAAUCGUUCGUGAACCUCGAGUCGCACUUCACUGCCGCUGAUAAGGAGCGCCGCCGCGUAUUGACAACCAAGGAAAUGGGAUAUGCCAACAAAGCCACGGAAUUGGACAACACCACCAACCGUCACAUGGCAGCCAAGGCCAAUGACACCGAAGGCGACCCGAUGUACUACUGUUGGUCCCACGGAUUGGGCCCAAACAGCAAGCACACCAGUGCAACUUGCUCCAAAAAACUACCUGGACAUUGCGACAAAGCUAACCAAAGCAACAUGCUAGGUGGCUGUUGCGUCAUCAGACGCCGAGACGGAGAAAAAGCAGUCUAUCGUCGCCCCCAACGCCCCAACCGUGAUGGCAGUGAGAACCAACCACCAGCUGGCCAGUAG